UUUUCCACAAGUGCUUGCAAAGUAACAUGUUAGUGCAUGUACGUUGUAUGCGCGCUUCGUAGAAAUGGCGACUUGUUGCGAAAGACCGUGAUCAAUCGGUUUCAUGGGGAUUUUCUAGGAAAUAGGAUCAAAAUGGCGUCUUUGAAGUUGUCAGAAUGCGUUUGCCCUAUCUGCUUGUGCAUUUUGAUCGAGCCAGUCACGAUGCCGUGUAACCAUGAGCUUUGUAUGCCAUGUUUUCGGAAGAAUGUGGAACAGGCCAACUUGACUUGCCCGAUGUGCCGCCUGCGUAUCAGCAACUGGGCCCGCAAACAUUCGGGGCGAUUGAUAAACGAGGAGCGGUGGAGGAGUAUCCGGGAAGCCUUCCCCGUGCUCUGCCAGAGACGAAUGGAGACUGGAGAUGAAGGCGAUGAUGAUGUUUUAGAUCUAAUGACACAGCCCCCUCCCCCUGUCAUACACGUCGCUCAACCAGGUGAGAUUGGUGAAGAAUUCAAGAAGGAAUCAGAAAAGGUAAAAGAGGAAUAUCGACGAGAGUUAGAAGAUGCAGUGAAGCGUAGCGAAGAAUACAUCAAGGAACUUCAGAAAGAGGAGGUGAAGAGAUUUGAAGAGAGACAGGAAGAGUUGCUUAGUCAGGAGAAGCAGGAUGCAGAGCUUGCUAGACAACUGGCCAAGGAGGAGCCUAAUGAAAUGAUCUAUCGUGGUGAGAGGGUUCAUGUGAUGAGAGAACAAGUCUUAAAAGACGAGGAGCUUGCCAGGAGAAUUCAGAUGACUGAACAGUCUUUGUCUAAUACCCCUACACCUAAAUCCCCUGACAUCAUCAUCCUGCCCUCAUCCGGAGGCUCUUCUCGCAAGAACAGCGCUUCAUCAUCGACCAUCAAAUGCCUUAGCAUAGAGAAGUUCAUGUCCCCAAUGAGUAGGAAGAGUAGAUCCCCUGAGGGAGCAGCCAUUGAGGAUCAGCCAUCUACUUCAGCACAUUCCCCAGUAAAUGCAAGUCCUAGGAAAGAAGAAAACUCCCCUUCUCCUUCCGGUAAUGGAGCGUCCAUCAAGCGACGUGGUGCCUUCUCUCCUGUUGUCCUGAAGGCACCACGAUUGAAGGAACUUGAUGACAUCCACCUCAGGGCUCACAGUACAGAUAGCAAUGAUAGCAUCUCAGAUGAGAUGAAUCAUUUCAAACCUAUUCAUGUCUCACCAAGGACGGCUCGCAGGAAACUACCAGAUGGCAGAGCGGAGUCACCACCCAUAGUCUUCACAACCCCAAGGAAUCUUCAAAGGAUAGAAGAUGAUGCAGACACUGCAAAGGAGACCUCAAUCAAGAUGUCAUCCUUGCUGAAAGCCCGCUGGAAGGACAUGGAAGCAGAACGGACAAACCAGGUGAAUGAAACCUCUAAGGCUACCAUGACUAGUCUGGCAAGGCAACUGAAGAAACAGAUGUGGAGGCAGCAGAGCAGCAAGCAAGUGAGACAAGGGGAUCAAGGGAAUCGACAGGGAGAGCCCCCUCAGAAGAAGGCCAAAGUUGAGAUGUCAGGGGCAGGGGAUGCAUCCUUGAGAGCCAAAGAUCCUUCAGCAAACAACCUCAGCAACAGUAGCCAUACCCUGCUUCAGAUGAGAGUUGAGGAAACUGGGAAAUCAGACACAACCUUGAUAGCUGACAUUGAUGACAUCGGCGAUGCAACUGAUUAUAAUCAUAACUGCAACAAUAGCAGGAUACUGGAUGCAAAACUUAAGUUAUCACCUCAUGGGAAAUGUGAACAUUCUGGUGACAGGUUGUCCAGUUUGGAUGGUAGUGACAAUGGUAAUGCCAACGCAAGGGUGCAGAGAAUUUCAGGGAAAGGUGAGGAUGAAGUCGAUGGGAGUUCAAAGACUUAUAAAAAGAAAGUGCACACUCCCAUCAAAGAAUAUGCAAUGAGGGAACAUACAAAGCUGCAGACCAGGGUUACAAACAGCAUCAAAGACUUGUUCAGCGCAAGACGUUCAAAGUCAAAGGCAUCCAAUGGAGAUUGUGUCAAAAAUGGUUCAGAGCCUCUUCUUCCUUCAUUGCCUAAACCUGAAGAUGGCUUGAACACAAAAUUAGAAAAAAGUUUGCCAAAUGGAAAUUCAGGAGAUACGGACUGUAGUAGAUCAAAAGCUGAGUCAUUGCAGCAGACAAAAACAGUAUCUAGUCGACAGAACAAAGCCAAGAGUGCCAAUGGCAGAGACUCUGCCUCUAGUAACCAAAGAUGUAAUUCAGGAGAUGGGUCAAGGAGCAGUUCAUCAAAGGUUGAAGUGUCUUACGAGGAAUGGCUGAAGAGCAAUGAGUGUGAAACAGAUUCUAUGCAAGCAAAGUCCAAGGGUACGGGUACGGGUAAUGAUAAUGUCAGUGAUUCAUCCACAUGUAACAUAUCCCAGAAUUUCAAUUCAGUCUCCAAACUUGACUCGGGUAUUAUUGCUGAGAAUAGUACAGCACAAUUGACAAUCUGCGAUGAUAGCUUAACCACAUCGGAUGAUCCAGUCUUGAAGAUGGCAAGCCAAGAUUCUGAUGUGAGCAUGGCAAGUGUUGAUGACGAAUCAGGACAUUUGAGAAACAAAAGCAAUGGCAAUAGAAAGGACAAAAAUCGCGGAAAGGUCAAACCCAGCAAGGGUAGAGGAUCUUCUCGGAAGUCUCCAAGAAAAUCUGAGGAGACAAUCCUGCGAUACAUGGAGCUCCUGGACCAGGAGCAGAAGAGACUGACGCAGGAGGAUGAGGAUCAUCUCCUGGCAGAGAGGCUCCAGAGAGAGUUUGACAAGGAGAUGAGACAGAGGGAUGCUGUUGAUAGGUCUAAAGGUACUGAUGAUGCUUAUGAGCUUAGGCAACAACAAAGGACACUCUACCGCUACAUGGAAUGAUUUCAUAUCCAAUUCAUUAAUGUAUCAUUGUGAUUGUGGGUUUGUCUUAUUCCCUACUCAGUUUGUGUUUUAUCCGUCUUGUACUUGAAAGAAUAAUCAGGGGAGCGUUUCAUCAGCAUUUUCGUCUGACAAAUUGUCAGAUAGGACAACUGUUAUUGAUUUUUGAUUGGCUGAGAAGCACUGUUCCUUGGUAACUGUAGAUAGAACAGGACUUGUCAAAGGUUUGAUCCGAUAGUUACCACAAGAAUUGUGCUUUUCGGUUAAACAUUCCAACAACUUGUCAAACAACCAAUGUUGAUAAAAUGCUCUCCUGAGCUCCAAAUUGAUUCAAAUUUUUUAUUACAUGGCAAACCAUUGCAACUAUAUGAAGUGAAUAAUUGUGCUGGAUCAAAAGGUUCAGCACAAGUCAUACCAUUUAAAAAGAUGCUAAAUGAAUAUUCAUUAAGGGCUUGAUGAUGUUGCAAGUUACAGGUCACUGAUUUUGGCUGCUAAACCUAUCUCAAAAUAAGCAGAGAGUGAAAUUUUUUUUGGUUUGGAGUAGAAAAUCUGCCUUGACAUCGAGUUGGUUUUAAUAUAGGCAAAAAUAUGAGAGAAGCAUGUUUUUGAAAGUUUGACACAAAGAUCAUAGAUUAAAUAAUUUUUAAAGCCUUGAUUUUGUGAUGUUAGAUGCAAGCAGGUGCCCAAUUUGUCAUAUAAUGUGAAUCACUUGCGUACAGAUGGGGGGACGCUCUUGCCCCCCAAAACCAAGAAAAUAAGAUAAAAGGAAAGAGAUAAGGGUGAAAUAUAUACUUUUCUGAAUGUUGUUUCAAAUUCUAUCACAAACUUGGAUAUUUAAAAUAAAAAUGUUGAAAUUUUGGCUCAUUCGCUUUGCUCGCUCGCAACUUUUUAUUGAUUUUACGCAAAAUGUCAUAUCGAGCCCCUUCAAAAUUUUUGGCUCAUUACACCACUGAUGUGAAUUGCAAUUUAUUAGUCGUUUAGGAUGACUGAAAGUGUUUUUCUCUUGAAAUCAACUAGGAAUAUAUUGAAUGCACAGGAAAAUUAUUUUCUAUUCUACGAGAAAAUAGCAUCUUAUGGAAGUCAUAACACAUACCAUAUUGGGAAGCUGUGCUGCUCGCAUGUGAUGUCACAAAAUUAAAACUGAGUAAAUCUGCAACAUGUUGUUGAUGUUUUUCCCAUUUGUCUGCUUUUAUUGAACCCAUCUUGACAUCAGGGUGAACUUUCUCUCUCAGGAUACUGUUCAAAAGAAAUACAAGUAUGGUUGACAUGAAGUUUUAUGAUGAUGAUCUUUGAAAGUUUUCAUGGUGGAGAGAAAUAUGGAAGUUUGCAGUAAACACCAUAAUCCUGAAAAGGACUGUUUGUUUAUCUUUCUUGGGCUGUUUGAUAACUCUUAAAAAGUCAGGGUUCCCACAGUUAUGGAAAAUUGUGGAAAAAUUUGUGGUCAUGGAAAGUCAGGGAAUUUUGAAAAUUUGUGAAAAGUCAUGGAUUUGCAUUUACCUCUUGGCUGUGGCAGCUUUCCAGAUUGUCAUGUCUCGCAACUCUCAUACUCUGUGAUCAUACUCUGCUAUUAUAAUUGGUGUUCAUGAAUUCCAUUUUUUCCAGUUUUGUGACAUCCCAAAUUCUACAUAACUCCCAGGACGUCACAGGAAGUCAUAAAAAGCAGCAAUUUAGUCAUGGACAAGUCAUGAAAAAGUCAUGGAAUUCUGUUUUCAAAUUUCUGUGGGAACUCGGAACUUUUUAGGAGCUAUCAUCAAGCAGCCAGGCAAGAGAAACAAACAGUCUGUCCUUUUCAGGAUUAUAUACAUGUACACGGUUGUGUGUCCCGCAAACUUCCAUAAGAAGUUUUGUGAAAUUAUGAGAAUGAGAUAUCCUUUGUAAAAAUAAAACCUGUCUGUAGAUUGUAUCUCUGGUUAUUAUGGUAUUGGUAAAUAUUAUAAAGACAAGUUUUUAAUGAAAAUGUAAUGUUCAUUAAGAAAUGGCACAGCCAGAAAGCUCAGCAACAUUUUUGUGUUCAAUAUGAAUAGGAUAUGAGGGUUUUUUUUUUUUUUUUUAUUGCAGAGCCGACAUUUGUUUGUGGCAAGGCAACAUGAAUUUGCAUACCAGUGAUAUUCCCUUGAAAAGUUAGCACAAUGUAAAUUAAUACGUCUUGAGUUGCAUGGUUGAAAAAAUCUUUGAUGUCAUAAGUAAUAAUAGCAUCAUGUAAGGUGAAUCACAAUUAAAUCAUUACAAUAUGAUUGUGUGCAAUUUUUGUCAAUUGUUUAGACUUACAGCUCAUUAUCAUCAGCAUAAGUUGGGUGAUUUAUCUCGCCAUGACUGAACAGUAUUGAAAAUUAAGUGACUAAGCUUUGUCGUACCAUAUCUUAACAAGAUUGAAGUUCUCUUUAGUUUUGGACAUGUCUCACUUCCUCUGAAUUGAUCAUCAAAGCUUCAUUUCACUAGCUUAAACUCGCAAAGUUUAAAACAAUUUGGGGAUCAUUAUGAACUAUAUGAAGUAAGUCUCCAAAUUGAAACAAAUUAACAUGCUACUACAUAUUUUAGGAAAAAUACUGGUAGAUAUUCGUAGUCUAGUUUUUGUUUUUUGUUUACUUCUUUCUUUUCUUACACAGCUCAUGGUACAUGUAUGGAGUAUCGAAGCGAUGCCGUCAGUUGCCAUGGUGUCAUGGCGGCCUGGUUCUAAACAAAUGAUCCCAGAAUGAAAGCGUGUGUUUCCUCAUAGGAGAAAAUGGCUGCUAUCGGAAUGAUGGCUUGCAACCUAUUUUUCAGACGAGCCAAAAUGUGUACAGACUCUGUUUAGUACUAUGACACCAUGGCAACUUACGUCACACUUCGGUACUCUAUUUCUUCUUCUUGUAUGACUUGGUUGUAGUAUGCUUGAAUGAUUGUGCCAGACUGACAUCCUUAUACACAUUUAUUAACAGAAAAAGUGAAUGUUGACGCUACAUUUGCCAGCUGAAAACGUGAUCAAGUUUUAUUCUGAGCUUUAUCAUAAUUCUAUCUUUGAUGGAAUUUUCAGUGGAAUCCUGGAAUUUGAUUUGCUGUUCAGCUUAGUUGCCAUGGAAGUUGUUACAUGCAUUCAAAUGUAUAUUUCGUUCGUAAGACAACGUUGCAACAUGGUAUGGGAGAAGUGCGUUACAACUAUGUAUUCAUUUUGAUGUUUUUUCAAACUUAUGCUGUUUUUAUUUUACCCUAAAUCCAGACCUGUCCAUUAUGGCAAUUUCCAUGAAAUGAAGGUCAAAAUAAUUUGAUAACAUUAAAAUAUCUGUAAAAUAUCAAUAUCUUAGAAAUAUCUGCUUGAAAAAAGAAAUUGUUUAUACAGCAAAUCCAUUAUGAGUCAAAUUUCUUCAUGCAAAUUUUGUGUUAACUGACUACGUACAAAUAUGUGACUGUGUGUUCAGUUGAAUAGCAUGCAUAACAACUUAUUAACUGUUAAGAGGAUGAAAAUAAUAUAGACUUUAUUUUUGUAUAAUUGUAAAUCAAUGUACAUACAUUGCAAUUAGGAUUACUGAAAAAUGUAUCUUGAGUUGGUGAAAGGUGGUGGUUGUCUUAGCUAUUUGAAAUUAACAUUUUAUGGGAUGUAAUAAAUUUGAAAUUUUGAUAAUCUAUUUCCAGAAGGUCAGAAGGUAACAAUUUUUACAAACAAAAUUAAAUUCUUGAAAAACUUUUAAAUGAGUAAUGAAAUAAGGUUUUUAUCUCAUACACAAAACAUUCCAUAGUUAUAGCAAUUCACUACUUCUAAAUAUAGAUUUGUGAAUUCUUCUUUCUUUGUACAAUGUAUCUAAUAGGAAAUUAUUACUUGCUGUCUGCUAUCUACACCUCAUACUGCCAGAUAUAUUAUUUGUGGCAAGCUUGUGAAUAUUCUGUAUUGUACAUGGAUAAAUGAAUUGCUAUCUUUUUACUUUGCUUAUCAUUUUCAAAAACAUGUAUAAAAUGAUGUUUGGCGAGUUGAAUGCAGGUUUUGCAAGUUUUUUUUUUUACAUAUAUUUUUACAAUAUAGCCAAUGUAUAUUCUUUUUUUAUCAGUAUUCUGCAUAAAUGGGCAGUUCUAUGAUAACAAUUGAUACAAAAUAGCAUCUUUUCGUACAUUGUUAUUCAUGAAAAUCCACACACGGGUUUAACAAAUCUUUGAAAGGUGUUAUGAAUAUAUAACAUUUUGAUAAAUCACUUCCAUAAAGCCCGGCUCACACUGUGAUUUGUUGCGAUCCAAAUUUCAGAGAAAUUGUGAUAACAUUUGAUAUGGACAUUCCAACUAAUAAAAUCAGAAUAGUGGUAGGACUACUUAAAUCAAAAUUCAGUCUAGUUCGAGCCUCCCUGAAUGAAUAGAAACAAAUUAAAUUCCAAAUCGUAAUGACGUCAUCAACGGCUGCGAGUUGAAGCCGAUUUGGGAUUUACCCCAACCAUAGUGUUUGCCGCAAAGUAAAGAUAUGAUUUCAGUAUUCCUAGCAUCAUGCAAAACUUUAUAUAAAUAAUUUUACUUCUUGGAACUUUUAUAUUUAAUGCAAAAUGUAAUUUCUUGCACAAUCACGUCACAAUCGAAUCGCAUAGUGUGAGCCGGGCCUAAGUUGAAACUAGAUUAAAAUUCAGUCCAGGCUUUAGUUAUGCCUAGAAAUUUAGAAUCUUAUUUUUUUUUCCUCAGAAUUUACACAAGAUAAUUCCUCCCUGAACAUGUGUAAUUGUCUUUGUUGCAACUUUUUGUGAUCAAGUAUAGAGCUUCCUUCCUGUCAAACAGCAAAAACUUAAAUAUUCUAUAUUUUAUAUAAUAAAAAAUAAUUUCACAUCUUCAUGUCUCUCAUUUUGAUAGCACCAAUGUGGUCCGUUUAUCAGUUCUUUGAUUAAAAACAAAAUUUCAAAUGCCAUGAACUUCUCACGUUCCAUGCAAGUAUGGUGAUAUUUUUUUCAGCAUAAUCUUUGUUUGUCAUGUCUGUUUUUCUCUUUUUAUUCCAAUCAAUUAUUUGUUAAGAUGCACUUGACCUUUACAAUGCAUAUUUCUUAACUGAAAGCAAGUAUAAUGCUAGUGGUUUUGAAUUUUACCUUUUUCACACUUCUUAAAGGUCAAGUCCACUUCAGAAAAAUGUUGAUUUGAAUAAAUAGAGAAAAAUCAAACUAGCAUAACACUAAAAUUUCAACGAAAUUGGAUAUAUAAUAAGAAAGUUAUGACAUUUUAAAGUUUCUCUUAUUUUUCACAUAUCAGUGAUAUGCACAACUCAGUGAUAUGCAAAUUAGACAGACAAUGAUGUCCCUUACUAUUUCUUAUGUAUUUUUAUCGUUUGAAUUAUAUAUUUAUUUUUUUACAGAUUUGACAAUAAGGACCAACUUGACUGAACCAUAUAUUAAACAAUGCUAAUUCCACAUGUUCAGGGAGGAAUUAAUUGUUGUUUCACUUGACAAUGAGGAGAAAAUUAGAAUAUUUCAUUUUAUAAAAUACAAAAGAAAUAUAUGACGUCAUCAGUGUCUCUUCAUUCGCAUUCAGACCAGGAUGUGCAUAUGAUUGUUUUGUGAAAUUAAGCAUAACUUUAAAUUGUAACAACUUUCUUUUUACAUCCAAUUUUGAUGAAAUCUUCAGUGUUAUGCAUGUUGGAUAUUUCCCUUUUUUAUUAAAAUCUACUUUUUGUUGUAGUGGACUUCUAAAUUGGGAGGAGAUAAUCUGAAUUGCUACCUUUCAGAGCUCUUGUUUAAAGGAUUUUCCUAUUUUUCAUUUUUUCUGUAAACUUAUAUGGGGGAAUGCAUUUCUUUUCUAUAUUUUUUCCCCAUAAAAUCAUCCCUAUUUCCAAUGAGAAUGGAUGGAACGCCUGUAUUAUAGAAUUGCCCAUGUACAUUAUUUUCUUGUGGUUGGAUUUGUUAUAUAAACUAUAUAUCCCUUGCCAAAUGCUUUCUUACAUCUUCCGCCGUCGUUAUGAUAGUUAAUUGUGAUCUAUUUUUGAAAUAUUUUUGUAUGAUAUGAUCAGUUUUUAUUGGUUCAUAUAGAAUUCUUUGAAAUGAAUAAAACCAAUUUAAGAAAAAAU